AGAAAAAGCAGAGAUCUACCAGCAAGCAACAUGUUCUCUUCUUUGCUUUUCUGCAGUUGUUUCAUCGCCUUCCUGUCCAUCGGUUCCAGCAGCCAGCGUCAAGUAGAUCACACGCCGUAUUCCACCUUGCUGGCCCUUCUCACCGGAAAUGCCGGCGCAGCGCCUGUCGAAAGUCCAUACGUGAGAAGACUUUCUUCACUAGCACGACCUUUCUAUGUCAGCCCUGUCGUCGAUUACUCCUCAUAUUAUCCAGUGUAUCCGCCGCAACCAUAUCCCGAAAUGUUUCACCAACAAGUAUUCGAUCGAAAACUGUACCUAGAAGAUUCAGAAAUUCCGCUGAUUCGCUCUGAUCCGGAUCCUCGUUUUUUCGGAAUGAAAGCCAAUGCGUUAAACGGAUUGCUUACGUCCUUAAGAGGACCACCUGGCCCACCUGGUCCUCCAGCUCCAGCAGCAAUUCCAGCAGGACCCCCAGGUCGUCCAGGCCCUCCAGGUCCUGCUGGUGCUUCUGGUCCAGAUGGCGCUCCCGGUCCGGAUGGCGCUCAAGGCCCCGAUGGCAAUCCCGGUCCUGACGGUAAUCCCGGUCCUGACGGUAAUCCUGGCCUCGAUGGUACCCCCGGUACAGACGGUACAGCUGGAGAACAAGGAGCACCCGGAGAACCCGGACCACCUGGAGACCCAGCACCAGUUAGAGUUUAAAAUGUCCAAACUAUUUCCAAGAACAUUGCAGUUAACUAACAACGGUAAUAAGGCGCCAUGGUUGGGUUUUGGAAUUUUUGUUAAGAGGUUAAAAGGGAUAAGUGAACCAAUAUGAAUCAAUUUCAAAUUUGGUGAAACAUGAAGUUGUAAUUUUUCAAUAUUUACCAAUAAACGAUAUCAAACAAUA